AUAGCCAAUCCUUUUUGGGGGGGGUUUUCUAAUUAAGGAGGUAUUUGUAAUUUUCUUUGGCUAAAGUUUUAGUUGUUUGUUUAAUUGUCGGAGUCAUCAUGAUCAGAAAUAUGUUAGAACAUUAUUUUGUGGUGUUUUGGGCACUAUUGGGAUAUUGUGCCUUAGGGGUUGCCAAUAUUGAUAAUAGGUACAGUCACCAAUUACAACACGAAAUUCAAAGCGACUGCCACUUUACUAGAUAUCCGUCCCUUUGUGUCCAAACAUUGCUGGCCUUGAGGCCAGGAUCAUAUCACUACACUGAUGUGAUUUCAGCUCUUGUCAACAAGACAAUAGAGGAGUCAAAGCUUCCCAGUAGCACUUCUGAUGAUUUCUCCACGUUGAACUCUCAACUUGGGGCUGAAGCAGCUAAAAGCGCUCAAUCUAUAACAGGUGAUUGUGAAGCGCUCAUGAGCUUGUCAGUGAAGCGGCUACGACAAUCCUUAACUGCGAUAAAACAAUCUCCGACGAAGAAAAAGGAAGACAUCCAGACAUGGCUAAGCGCGGCCUUGACCUUCCAACAAGCCUGCAAAGACUCUGCCGACGGGCUAACCCUAGCGAGCCAGAUAUCAAAGAAAAUGUCCUAUCUAACCGAGCUAAGUAGCAAUGCUUUAGCUCUCACUAAUCGCAUCACCGGCAGCAAGUCACCGGAGCCUUUUGACGCGGCCACACAUACUGCUCGCGGCCGCCUCAAGGGACAAAUUUUUCCAAAGUGGGUAUCUCCAAGGGACAGAAAACUACUCCAAUCCACCACCAUUAAUGCCAAUGCUGUUGUUGCCCAAGAUGGAUCAGGAAAUUACAAAACUAUUUCAGAAGCUAUACGCGCCGCUUCUGGGGGUCGUUUUGUGAUUUAUGUGAAGGCGGGGGUUUAUAAGGAGAAGAUUCACGCGAGUAAAGAUGGUAUUACGUUGAUUGGAGAAGGUAAAUAUACUACUAUUAUUACUGGUGAUGAUAGUGUCGCUGGUGGCUCUUCUAUGCCCGGAUCAGCAACAUUCACCGUCACCGGCGACGGAUUCAUUGCCCGCGAUAUCGGGUUCCACAACACAGCGGGGUCGCAAGGAGAACAAGCCCUGGCUCUCUACAUCGCCUCCGACCACUCAGCCCUAUACCGGUGCAGCAUCGCAGGCUACCAAGACACCCUCUACGCCCUCGCGCUCCGGCAGUUCUACCGCGAGUGCGACAUCUACGGCACCGUCGACUUCAUCUUCGGCAACGCGGCCGCCGUCUUCCAGAAAUGCAACCUGGCUCUCCGGCGGCCGAGUGGCGCCAACGUCAUCCUGGCCAACGGCCGCUCCGACCCCGGCCAAAACACCGGAUUCUCCGUCCAGAACUGCCAGAUCACCGCCAGCUCCGAGUUUUCCGCAGUCAAGCACUCGUACGAAUCCUAUCUCGGCCGUCCAUGGAAGGCUUAUUCGAGAGCGGUGGUUAUGCAGUCGAAUAUUGACGACGCCAUUGAGCCUAGAGGAUGGAUUGAGUGGCCUGGCUAUGGAAGUUCCGUUCUGAAAAGCCUUUAUUUCGCCGAAUAUGCGAACGUCGGGCCCGGGGCCGGGACUUCUCAGAGGGUGACAUGGCCUGGUUUUCAUGUCAUUGGGGUUGAAGAUGCGGAGAAGUUCACCGUGGCCAACUUUAUCGCCGGGAAUUCUUGGUUGUCCUCGACCAAAGUGGCGUUCGACUCUGGUCUCUAGUAAUAUUAUAUCUGUUUCAUCAAUUGAUCAUAUACUUCUUUGCUAAUGUGUUUAUUAUUAUUAUUGUGUAUUUUGGGGUCGGAGAUCUUAUGUUGAUCGAUGUGUUUGGAAGAUUUGGGGUAAGGAAGAAAAAAAAAGAAUAUUGUUGUGUGUGUAUUGUUUAGAGUAUACAAGGUAGUGCCGUAGUGGGUAUAAUAAUUUAGAUAUGUAAAUUACUUGCAUACUGAAAACUUGUAUGCUACUAUUUAUCAAGUGUUCAUGACCUGAUC